AUGAACACUAACGGAGUUCAACCAAUUCCUGGAGCAAAACCCCUCUCGCUCUGGCAGCAAUAUGGGCCUUCCGAAAAGACGGUUCGCGGAAUCGUUAUUGGUGGAAUCACCGGUGGUAUUGAGAUCUGCAUCACAUUCCCAACAGAAUAUGUCAAAACUCAAUUACAACUCGACGAACGAGCGGUUGUUCCUAAGUUCAAGGGACCAAUUGACUGUGUGAAGCAGACUGUCAAAGGGCACGGUUUCUUCGGACUCUAUCGUGGUCUUUCGGUGCUUCUCUAUGGAUCCAUUCCAAAAUCGUCUUUCAGAUUUGGAACUUUUGAAUAUCUCAAAUCGCAAGCUGUGGAUGAACGAGGAAACUUGACCCCUAUCAUGCGUCUCAUGUGCGGACUUGGUGCUGGUAUUUCGGAAGCCGUUUUUGUUGUUACUCCGAUGGAAACUGUCAAGGUGAAAUUCAUUCAUGAUCAAGGCCUUCCGCAGCCAAAAUAUAAAGGAUUCUUGCACGGAGUUGGAAGUAUUAUUAAAAGCGAUGGUCUCGGAGGAAUUUACAAGGGGGUUACCGCGACAAUGGCAAAGCAAGGAUCGAACCAGGCAAUCCGAUUUUUUGUUAUGGAAACACUCAAGGAUUGGUAUCGUGAUGGUGACAACACAAAACCAAUAUCGAAACCCAUUGUGGGAUUAAUGGGAGCAAUUGCUGGAGCGGCUUCAGUUUAUGGAAAUACUCCUAUUGAUGUUGUGAAGACGAGAAUGCAAGGUCUUGAGGCCCAAAAAUACAAGAACACUUUGGAUUGUGCGGUUCAAAUUUGGAAGAAGGAGGGAUUCUUUGCUUUUUACAAGGGAACCGUUCCACGAUUGUCGCGCGUUUGUCUCGAUGUCGGAAUCACGUUCAUGAUCUAUGAUUCAAUUAUCGAAUUCCUCGACAAAUAUUUUAAAAAGCACUAA